GUGUUGGUUUCUUGCGUCAUCAUGCUGCGCGGCUGCCUCUCGCACGCCACGCGAGAGGACGGGAUCUCCGCGCGGGGGGCGUGCCCUGGCUGUACAUGGCGCAAGAUGGCGCUGCCCAUUGCUUGUUCUUUGCUCUUGUGCCGUUGGGGUGCUAAACGAUUGGGGAUUGCCGCUGCAGAGGCUCGGAGAGGCAUCAGUUUCAAACUGGAAGAAAAAACCGCCCACAGCAGCCUAGCACUCUUCAGAGGUGACACAGGUGUCAAAUACGGCUUGGUGGGAUUGGAGCCCUCCAAGGCCCUGAAUGUGGAGCGCUUCCGGGAGUGGGCAGUGGUGCUGGCAGACACAGCGGUCACCAGUGGCAGACACUACUGGGAGGUGACAGUGAAGCGCUCCCAGCAAUUCCGGAUAGGAGUGGCAGAUGUGGACAUGUCUCGGGAUAGCUGCAUUGGUGCUGAUGAUCGUUCCUGGGUGUUCACCUAUGCCCAGCGCAAGUGGCACACCAUGUUGGCCAAAGAGAAAGCCCCAAUUGAGGGUAUUGGGCAGCCAGAGAAGGUGGGGCUACUGCUGGAGUAUGAGGCCCAGAAGCUGAGCCUGGUGGAUGUAAACCAGGUCUCUGUGGUCCACACAUUACAGACAGAUUUCCGGGGUCCAGUGGUACCUGCCUUUGCUCUUUGGGAUGGAGAGCUGCUGACCCACUCAGGGCUUGAGGUGCCUGAAGGUCUCUAGUAUGUCCAUUACUGGAGUCCUUAAUCAUGCUGUUUGGCGAGCCUCCUUUUGAAAGCAUUUGAAGCUUUUUUACUUUGCCACAAGCAAUCUCUAGCUCUCACAGUUCAUUGUCCAGUUCUCUGUGCAACAUCUUAGUCAUCUUCCUCUUUCCCCUCCUGUGAAAGCUAGACGUAAUUUCCUAGGCUCCCAUGGACAUAUUUUCCCUGAUCUGCUUCCUUCAGUGCCCUCGGCCUCCCUGUGUCCAGGCCUUUCUCAGACUGAGGUCUUCUCCUCUUUCAGCUUUGUUUGAAUUUGUCACUGUGAUCUCUCUCCUUUCCUUGGCUCACAUGUAACUUGUUCUUGGGGCUCUACUCAAUCUCUCCAAAGUAAAUCCUUUCUACCUCUGG